CGCGCCAUGCGCUUCCCAGCGCUUUGUUGCAGGACCUGGGCGACCGUCAGAAGCUCAGAAGUAUGAAUCCUGCUUUAGACGAGGUUGCUAUUAUUCAGUUGUAGCGCGCUCGAGCUUUUGCCGAGGAUCUCCGCCCGUGGCCCCACCCACUCGCGCGCACGAUCGCUGGAGGACAUCCCUCUCGUCGUCGUGUGCUGCCCGAUUUAGUUCUCGUAGAGUUUGUGUUUUUUUAACCUCCCCCUCACCCUGGCGAGGCAUGGCGGAGGUUACCGCGAGAGAUUUCUCUGUGGGGGAUGCGGCUCCAGAGAUUUUGCUGCGCGCAUCAUUGGGAGGUUUCAAAUUUCGCGGAUGUGGCGCGAAAGACCAGGAGACCGACGACACAGUGCUAGCAGCUGCGCUGCGGAUGUCUAUGCAUGUACACGAGGGCGGAUGGGCGACAGGACUGUUUGACCUGCUGUGGAUUCUCUCUCGUCAUACUUUUCGGCAAAGCUGGAAAAGUGGAACCCGGCCUGACUUUGACUCGCAACUGGUGGUGCUUUUGCAGCCCGUGAGUCCCACCAGCGCUGACAGACCAGGUCCCACUGGAGGAGUGGGCAGAGGUUCUCUCUGUUCUUCCAGCCAGGAUCCGCAGGAUUUGUCUCGGCAGAUGUUUCCUCUUAUAUAUUUCCGGGUAAUGCUCGUCCAUUGAGUGGACCAGCAGAGACGCCUCGUUUCGCAUACUUGAUUGAUGCUGCCGCUGUGUGUUUUCACUCGAUCUCCUUCCCGUGAAGCAUUUACGGGAUUUCUAAUCUUGAGUACGACCAACUUCGGGCCAGCGUGCGCCAUACCUCAUCCAAAGUGUGCUGAACGCUUUCGGCCCCGUCCCCUGUGUUCAUCGAGAAUUUGAAGCGCAUGCUAUCUAAUGGUUCGGACUCGAUUGGUCCUCGACGAAUCUCGUCUUAUCAGAUUGACGUUCUUUGUCUCGAGAGAGUUUGUCCUGGACAGAGCAGCGAGUUCCGAUUCUUCCUGUGAGUCCUCCAGCCAAAUGUGGUCAUCAAAUGGUGCUUGUCUCGUGUGCUCGCAUGGAGACAACAUAAGGGCAGUAACAAAGUCGAGCGCAAGAUAACAGAACGGUGUACUGAUGUUUUCAGCUCUUCUCGGAUAACAAACGUGGAUUUCUUUCAGUCUGCACCCUUAUGAUGCAACCGCAGGCAACUACAGCUAGAGUGGUCCAGGGUAGGCUAAGCUUGCAAUUAACCUUGACAUUUGAAACUGACACCACCAACUGGAUUUUGAUGUUUGCUUCAGCUGACACCAAAGUUGACAUUUCGUCUAUGUCAGUUCGACAAAGUGUGCUCAUACUGCAAUCAAACCUGUGACAAAGCACGAGGGUUGUACUCCAACACUAGUAUGGUCACCGCUCAGUGUCAGCCCAAACCUUUUUGCCCAGUACGAGUACGUAGCCAAUUAACGCUUCCCCGCUCGCUUGCAGAAAAUC